AUGCCAAAAGGAGACUACCCUUCAAUCGGUGAAUAUGCAGAAGCUCAGAAAAAGUUGGGAAGUUGCCUACCAGAAUUCCGGGCGACAAUGGUGAAAUCUUUACAAAUUGGGUCAACAUUUGGAGUUCCUUUUGGACUCUAUGUUGCUUGGAGACAACACGGAACACAUCUGAAGCCGUUCUUAGGCAAAUCCUUCGCCACGUGGCUCACUUCGACGCUAACGUUCGCAUGUCUGGGAUUGAUGGGAGGAACGUACAACUGUCUCCGUAUCAAGUUCGAAUAA